UAAAGAAGAAGAAGAAGAAAUUGAACCGCUUGUGCAGAACAGCUCUGGAGCAGCAUGCGAGAGAGAGGGACAUUAAAGUCGCUUCCAAAAUGUCAGCUGCUCAGUUUGGUCUCAGGAGUCAUGAAGGCUCAGCAAACAUCUCAGACUGCGACUCAGAGGAAGAGCCCAAACUCCCCCUGAAUCAGUUCUACCCAUAUAUCCACUGUUCUUUGUGUUGUGGCUUCCUCAUCGAUGCAACCACCAUCACAGAGUGCCUGCACACAUUCUGCAAAAGCUGCAUCGUGAAGCACUUUUUCUACAGCAACAGGUGUCCGACAUGCAGCAUCGUAGUCCACCAGUCGCAGCCCCUUUACAACGUCAGACCUGACAGACAACUUCAGGAUAUUGUUUUCAAAAUGGUUCCCUUCCUGGAAGAGCGGGAAAAGAGUCAAAUGGUUAACUUCUACAAAUCAAGGGGACUGGAGGUGCCAAAACCAGUAGGGAUCUCUCCUCCAGGUCCGGUUGUCUUAAAGAGGCAGAAGAAGGAAAGCGUCCCCCAGUCUCUGUUUACGAUUCCUCCUGAGCUCGAUGUGUCUCUGCUGCUCGAGUUCGUCGGGGCUGAAGAGGGCAUCAAUGACUAUAAGCCAUUGGAGAGGCGGUACAUCCGUGUGUCGGGCGAGGCCACGAUCCGCCACGUGGAGCUGUUCAUCAGGAGGAUGAUGGAAUUGAGCCCAACCUGCCAGGUGGAUGUGGUUUGUGGAGAUCACCUCCUGAAUCACUACCAGUCACUCAAAGACAUCCAGAGGUCUCUGGGUGACGAGGCUCUGCAGGAUGGUCUGCUGGUGCUGCACUUUGGCCUGGUCCUGCCCUUUGAGCCCUUCAAUUCCUGAGGAGAUGGAGCGACCUCCGAAUGAUCAGACUCCUCUGUUAAUGCGCAGUAAGGUUUCUGCGUUGGCAUUAAUGUGCAAGAGAAGCUGCAGAAAGUCUUUUACUUUAUUGAACAGUCUGCAGUGGAAAGAUGUCGACAUGAGCGUCUGUUCUCUGUAGCACCAAAUGUUAAACUCUUAUGUUGUAUUCAGGGUAACUCACGUCUGCUGCAAAUGUCCUGCAAACACGUUUGAUUUUCUGUGAGCAAAUAUUUAAAAAUGUCUUAUGCUAAAUGAAUUGAAAUGACAAGUUCUUCAUCCGACUGCCAAGGAAUCUUUAUUUAUGCUGAGGUGUGCUUCAGUCCACACGUGAAUGGGACCGCUGCUGUAGCUCAACAUGGACCGUCUUUGUUUGAAAACAGAGACUUCUAUUUCUACAUUUUCUAUUUAUGGCUCUCAGGAGGUGAGUGUGAUUUCUGCUAGAAAAACUGUGAUUCAAAGGGCUUGAUACAAAAAGGGCUUCCACUACCAAAGGUUUGUGUGUGUUUAUAUGGAAUUAAACCCACUUCUGCUUGAUUUACACAUUCCAUUUAACAGCUAUGAACUUUUGUAAACAUUUAUACAGCGCAGACAUUUGAAGAGAUUUGGGUGUAGAAGUUUUUUUUCUUUUUUACAAAGUACUUUUGGUAUGUUGGUUUGUCAGAAUAAAUUAAUAAAUUGACAACAGAGAAA